GAGAAUCCAGUGUACCUUGGAGGACACGCGAGGGGGAGGAAAGCGCGUCUGUUUUGGAGACCUUGCGGAAUACACACAGCACAAGCACCGAUGGAGAGAAAGGACCAUUAGCCAUAGUCCUGGGGAAAUACGCAGAAGCAGUAUUCCAUGUCUCUCCUCUGCCCUGUUAUUGAUGGGAAACCAACUGGACCGGAUCACCCACCUGAACUACAGCGAGCUACCCACCGGGGAUCCAUCGGGCAUCGAGAAGGACGAGUUACGUGUUGGCGUGGCGUAUUUCUUUUCCGAUGAGGAGGAAGAGCUGGAUGAUCGAUCGCAGUCGGACAGCUUUAAAGACAACAACAGCCCGAGCAAAGACGGUCCGGUUGCGCGCAACGAAAUCGAGUACACGGCUUUCUGCUGCCAGGAAUGUAUUUACUCCAAACUGCGAGAAAACGAGGACCUGAAUGUUUAUUCGGUGAAAACUUUAUUGACCAUGUGCAAACCAGGGGAUCUACUGGAGUUAGUGGCCAACGCACAACCCCCGCACUGGGCGAUCUUCGAAGGGGAGGACCAGGUUAUUCACCUUUACAAGGGGGAGAUUCGCAAGGACAGCUUGUUUGAGAUCAGCUGCGGUCGGCAGGCUAGGAUAGUGAACAAUCGGUACCGCUACCGGCCGCUGCCCGCUGAUUUAGUGAUGCAGAACGCGAGCGGGCACGUGGGGCUCAGCAGUGGCGAGAUUUGCUGGACGAACUCGGAAAGUUUCGCAGCCUGGUGCCGUUUCGGCAAGCGGGAGUUUAAAGCGGGCGGGGAGGUGCACUCCGUCGAGCAGCGCUACUUUCUGAAGGUGCACCUGUCCGAGAGCACCGCGCACACGCUCAUGUUCCGCAGCCUGGAGGAGAUGAUACGCGAGAGACGGCGCGUGGACGCCAGCGGCAUCCUGAAGGAGCUGUCGCUGGUGACCGGCAAGGAAUGAGCGCUUGGGACUCUCUGCAUGCCUUGAGCAAGGGCUGCCUAUACCUUCGUUUCAGGACUUUGGGAGGGUUGUUGCGUAUUUGUGUGAACAUGUUUUGGCAAAGACAACGCCCCUUUUGGUUGUGCUGUGAGAACCGAUGGCCCCACUAAAGUCACCCAGUACCUUUAAAAAGGAAAAAGAUAAACCAUAAGGUGAGCCCUCAUCACAGAUAUCGCCCAUGAACCUCAGCCCCUCUCAAAUUCGCACCCGAGCCCUGCUGCGGCAGAUGGUGACCACGACGCGUUCAUGUCUGUGGCAAGCCGUUUUGACAUUUACUCCUUAUAACUAAUAUGUUGUGUUUAAUACUACUAUUCUUAUAUGUUCUAGUGCCUAUUCCAGUUGUUAGCAAAAUCUGUAGUCAUACUAGUGAUUGAAACCAUCUCUUCGACUAGUCAUAACAUAUGACCAGUGAAAAGCAAAUGUUAUUAAGACAACUGAGAUAUAAGGCCUAAUGGAAACUGGUUAAAAUCGGUCUAAUAAAUGGUUACUAAGCAAACUGCAUAGUUAUCUGAAACACAGAUCCACAAAUGGAAAUUGUGUAUCGUUAGGAAUAAUUGGUUUGCAGGAAAAUACUAGUUGAAUGGUGGAUAAUUGGUGAAACUGGUUUCACUUCUUGCUCAUAACUUGAUAAAACGAAUACUGGUAACCUAAACACUUUAAUUAGUUUAAAGGAAUAAUUGUGAAACAACUUGCCACAUGUAUCUUAUUUGACUGAACUCGAGAGCUUUAAUAAUAUUAAACGUGGAGCUCUGGUAUUGCGCAUCUGUCCAGCUGCAUUAGUUCCUCUAAGCCCCUACAGGCGACAACACACGAGCCUUUGUUUUCAUUCUGUUACCAACAAAUGCAGCGAACAUUCUUCUGUUUUUGGAGUCCAUAUUUUUGUAUUUCAGUUAGUACGUUUAAAAAACUGUUUUUAUUUAAAUAAACGUAGAUUGCCCUAUGAAAAAUGC